ACUAUCUAUUAAGAUUGGUGGCAAGAUUUUCACCUAUCCACCAUCAAACUUUUCUAGCAAUUUUUUAAUUGAAAUUUUGGUCCAGAGUCCGACCCCUUUUAUUAAUAAUCAAUCAACAAAAUUAAGACCCAAAUUUACAUCGAUGACUAAAGGUCUAUAUGCCAACCCGAUCCAAAACCUAGGAAGAUGAAGAGUUUUCUAUUGUUUUACAUAUAGCUACAUUUCAGACAUGAAGAGUACAAUCUACUCUUCAGAUAUCACCAUCUCUUCCGAUUAAUGUAUCCCCUGAGCUGAUGCUGUUGUUUUCUCUCCUUCCUUCUCUGGGUUAUCCACAAGCUCGAUCCUUGCUCAUUGGAAUUUACUCCAACGGUGGUCGGGGUUUAACCCCAUAUGAUUGAAGUUUCAAUGUACCAGUACAUGGAUUUGCCCCAAUUUAUGUUGAUUUUAAAUCGACCAGUUCAUCAAGUACCAAGGUCAUUCUAGUGUGCUGUGACAGGAGACGCUCUCAACCCCUUUUUUAGUGAAGUUUUUUGAUAGCUAGAGUACCUAACCAGGUUCUUGCUGAGCUCGUCAAGUUGGCUCAAAAGCGGGGGCUGAAAGGAAGCAAAGGAAGGUGGAAAGAUUUUUUGAGAUCCUACGACAAGAAGUUUGGGGUUAGCUUGAGUGACCCAUCCAAGAGGUCUAUUGAUGUGUUGCUGGCAUUUUUAAAGACUUUUAGCCAAAAUGACUUAAAGUAUACUUAUAAGGUGUUUCAAUGUCAUUCCAACCAAGAUGCUGUCGAACAGCUCCAGAAAAGUUUCCCAGACAGUGAAUCGGCUGAGCAGGGACUGGUUUAUUUAACUCUUGAGCACCCUGAAUAUCCGAGAGAUUACUCAUUUCCAUCACACGAGGAGGGUUGGUUAGUCACCAGAAGGAGUUAUUUCGAUCAAUCAAAGGCCAUGGUUGCAAUUGAUUGUGAAAUGGUCCUUUGCCAAGAUGGUACUGAAGCUUUAGUCAGAAUCUGUGCUGUGGACCGUAAUUUAGAGGUUAAACUCAAUGAAUUUGUGAAUCGCAGCAAACCAAUUGCAGAUUACCGAACUGAAAUUACUGGAAUAACUGCUGGAGAUUUAGAUGGAGUUUCUUGUUCAUUGGCUGAUGUACAGACGUCCAUGAAGAAGCUAUUAUCACAUGGAACCAUUUUGAUUGGCCAUAGUUUACACAAUGAUCUUCGUGCUUUGAAGAUAGAUCAUGCAAGAGUGAUCGACACAUCAUAUGCCUUCAAAUAUCAGGAUGAGCCUUAUUAUAAACCUUCUGUGAGUAACUUGUGUAAGUCUGUGUUAAGGUUUAAACUUCGAAAGAUGGGCUCUCCACAUAUUUGUCUAGAUGAUGCAAGUGCCGCAAUGAAACUUGUUCUUGCCAAGGUUGAAAAUGGAGUUGAUAAUAUCAUACCAUUGGUUCAUGAAGAGGUGGCAGCGCUACUUGUCCACAGAAUACCAGUGGCUGUUCAUAGCCAAGAGUUGCACAAAGUUAUUCCUGGAGAAUUCACUGUGGCAGUUAAGGCUAAUAGAAAAGGGCAAGCAGACAAGUAUACUGCCUAUGUCAAUUUCAAAAAUCAGCAUGAGGCAAAUGAGGCAUUUGAUAAGCUUGAAGGCAACCAAGAGAAGGAUACUUGGGGACGACCACAGAAGCUCGUUUCAUUUCAUCUUGAUUCCGGUAUAUCAGGGUCUUUGUGUGUUCGUAAGAUGGUUGACAAUACUUAUUCUAAAGAAGUUACCCCAAUGAAGAGGUCCUUUGAAGAAGAUAAAGAGACCGUGGAGGAGUCAAAGAAACCGAGGACAGAUUACCAAUGUACAGAGAUCAAGGAGUUCAGUGCAGGUUGUAAUCAGUGUGAAACGCAUUCGAAGGAGAUUGAGAGACUAAAGAAAGAACUAAGCCACAGAGACGAAGAAAUCUCCAGCUUGAACAGACUCAUUGUUAACCUUGUGAGAAAACAUGCAUUAUAACUCUUUCGAUAGAUUUAUGGGCAACACCCCCUAUUGGAAAACAGACGGGAGUACCAUUUCGACACCAAAGGCCUAUGCUUUACCUUCAUGAAGGUCAAAGAUCAGCUUUGUUUAAUAGCUUUUGUUUACGCUGUUUCGUUUAGACUGCAGCAAAGAAAAGGGUAAGUUGAAAGAAGAAUUUCCCUCAUUGUUAAUAGGGUAACCGCAAUUGCAGCAUUGUUAAUAUAACAGCAAAUUACAUUAGUUUAAUUACCCGCAUGGUCCCCCGGACAGAUGUUUAAUUUCGCUGAUCUCUUAAGAGUAUUGGACUAUUGGUUUAGGGCAUGGACAUAUUACUAUUAGAUGCAGAAAGACUACUCCCUCCCAACCUUUUUAUUU